AUGAAAACCCUUGCCCUUGGUCGGCUACAAAUUAAGGCAGACCAUCCCACAAAUACUAAGAGCGCAGAUAACCAUGAGGCAGCCAAGGACGAGCUUCUGGCAAGACUCCUGCCGGAGCAACAGCCGCCUCCACCAAGCGCAGAAGAUGUCCUCACAAAUGCGCGUGAAAUGUGUUGCCGGAGUCUGGCAUUCGUCACUCAACAGUCGUUUUGCCGGCGUCCAAUGCAUAAACCAUCCAUGAUUCGAGUCCAAUACGGUCGCGACUCCGGCACCGGCGACCAAGGCGCGGAUAGAACCAACAAACUCUUAGAUUCGGAUGCCAACGGGUCUGUCAACCCAACCCACCAUCAAAGCUUUUCCACCAUUACCGUUCACCCGCCACCUCCAGCGCGCUCGCUGACCCGCAGCUCAACCAGCGCCUCCAUCCCAACCAUUUACAUCGACGACGUGUCCGUGGACGCAUCACAAGAGCCACACAGUUCCCCAUCCCAAGCGGAUAGCCCUGUGAGAACGCCGCCCUCGAGACUCUACCAGCCCCGUUUUGGAUCUCGGGGCUCGGGCUAUCAAGGCUUUUCUACGGAGCAAAGCACCCUUGGUUCCAGUUCCCCCACCACGUCCCGAGCCCCCAACUCCCCUGCCGCCGCAGCAACAACUCCUAACACCCCCACCAUGAGCCCUCGGCCCAACGCAAUGGCCGGUUGGCUACAGCUCGCGGGCUACGGAACCAGCCCCCAGGGGCUCCCCGGCAAGUUGCCCGCCUUGCGUGCAUGUGACGUCAGCAGCGGCGGUGCCGCCGCGGCGGAGGUUUGCUACAGCCCUCGUACAGUGGGCUCUGGAACUGAUGUAGGCGAUGACGGCGAGGAUGACGGCAGUGGGGACGAUGACGGUGGCCGCCGUGAAGGUGGUGGAAAGGAUGAUGGUGAUGGCGUGGAGGACGGUGGUAGCAGCCCGCUGUCGCCGGACUGUCUGCCUAAGCCGCCGGGAAUAGAACGGGCCCUGUCGAGCCUAAGGCCGCAAUCGCCACGCACGCCGCGUCUGCGGCGCCUGUGCUUGAGGUCCCUGGAAGAUGUCUCCGACUUGAGUCCCGUUCGCAUGGAAUGCCGUCUAGCUGCCGCCGGGCAAUCGGUCGACAGCGGUGUUGCCAGCGGCGCCGGUGGCGCCGCUGCCAAUUUGAUGUUCGUCAGUACCGGCGGCAACACCGUCGACGCGAAUGGCGAUGCCGACGGCGACAGCCUUCUUAGCGACUGGCUGUUGUCCUCACCUACCGGCGGCAGCUGUCCAGCGGGAUUACAACAACAACAACAACAACAACAACAUCAACAACAACAACAACAACAACAACAACAACAACAACAACAGAAGCAGCAGCAGCAGCACUGCCAGCAAGGCCCUACCAUCGCCGCCGCUAUGAGAAACGCCUCCCCUCCGGAUGCGACGAGGCACAUACGAAAGUCGAUGUCGACGUUCUCGUCCUCCGUUUGGUCGACGGGAGCUGCUCGCAGUAGCUUGGACACCAGGGGGGCCGCGGCGCCACCCGCGGCGCAUGCAAUCCCAUCGCCGCCGCCGCCGCCGCCGUCGUUGUCCUCCUCCUCAGUACCGAUGACGUUGCUAGCGCACCUGGUGUCGACGGCGGACCGGCCCCCCUGGAAGCUCACCCGGGCAGAUAACUCCCUGCACCGCCCGCCAGACGACGCGAUGGAUUUCAUUGUACGACACGCUUCGCCGCGCAAGGUUCAAGGAUGGGGUAGGGGACCAGGCAAUCAGCUGAUGGGUGCCAGCCGCACCUUUGGCGGUGCCGGCGGCGGCCGGGGGUUUAGCGGCAGCGGCGGCGGCGGCGCGCAUGGCUUGGCUUCGGAGCGGAGCUUGUGCAGUUGGUCACAGGGCGGCGGUGGUACGAAUGACAUGGCGGCUGCCGUACAGGAUCACACGGGCGGCAAUUUGGUGGGCGCCUUUGGCGCCCUCAGCCCGAGCGGAUACCGUCGUUCGGGAGCGCUCAACACCUUGUCGGCAGCGGCGAGCAGCCCUACUGGGCAGCAGAUUUCCUCCGCCGGCACCUCGCCCGCCGGCAGCCCCAGGGCGCCGUCUGGUCCCGAGCCACCUCCGGGUACCGUCCACAGCCCCCACAGCCACGUCCGCUUCCGGAAGCAUCAACAACUAAAACAGCAGCUACAGCAACAGCAGGAAUUACUGCCAACCACAGCCACAGAUGCCCACACCCAUAUCCACCUCUCCCAGUCGAUCUUUACGGAUGAUUUGGUGGGGAGUCCCUACACAGCUGGGCUUGAUGCUGAUGCCGUACGCCGUCCGAGCGCCAGUUGCAGCGGUGCUAUGUCCAGUGCGGGGGCUGUGGGGGCUGCGGGGGCUGGUGGUUUGUUGGAUACAAGCGCCGCCUGCGUUCCGUUAUCUCCGGACGCCCCGUCCAAGCGCGCACUGAGCCAGUCCUCCGCCGCUUGGGAUCACCUCCGCUUGGCGACGCCUGUUGGUACGGCAUUCGGGGACGGCGGCGACAGCGGCGGCGCAGCACAGCUGCAGCAUUUGCACGCGGCGCUCAAUGCAGGUGACGGCACGGCAUCUACGCGUCCGAACCGUCCGAACUACCUUGAGGACCAACAGCUGCUGCAAAGCUUCAGCACAGAAGUCAUUUUCUGUGUCGCGUCGGAACACGACGGGAUGGUGCUACGCAUGGCGCCGGCACAGCUCCGACUGUAUGCCAACGAUGCGUUGGCUUCCAAGAAGGUGAUGGAUUGUGAAAUUUGCUUCCUAUCUAACCUGAUUGUGCAGUCGCAGGAUUUGCUGCUUUAUGAGCACGGCUCGACACACCAGAGCCCAGAAGACGUGCUCAGCUCUUCCAUCACGAACGGCACCACUGUCAAGCCGUCCAUGGCACGCGUCCAGUACGAGAUCGGUAAAGACCUGCCGUUCGGCUACACGUACUUGGCCUCCGGCUGCUCGGAGCCCCUAUCGCAACCCAAGCUCGGAGGCAUCACGGUGAAAUCCAUUCCCCGCUUCGGCACAGUAAUAAUGGCAGCUUCGGCAGGGGUGGCUGCAGUCGAAACUGAUGCCCCUGCAGCAGGUACCCUGGCCUCGACAUCAGAGAUGGUGUCAGUCGCCGCCUGCACCACCAACGCCACAAACAGCCCCCGGUUCAGCGGAAGCUGCGACAGCCACGGCGGCCAUGUCGUACCGCUCGGUCCAGGCACAGACGCUAGGCCUACAAACAUCAGCUCCUAUCACUCGCGCGAGCGUGAUGCAAUCACAGAUGAUGCCAUCGCGGCCAACAAUACUGUCCACAAAGACGAGGACGGCGUUGACGACAGUGCCAUGGAAGGUUAUGGUGUGAUGGAAGUUGAAGUGGCACCGGUGCCGAAGGCUGGCUUCCUCACUGCCAGCCGCCGCUCCACCGCUAGCGUCUCGCAAGCAGGCGGGGGCCCGACAGAAGCGACAGCGGCAGCAGCAGCCAUGCACGCGGCCACUGCACGGAACUGCUUUCGCCGGAUGUCCGUAGCAGAUGACACAGGAAUAUUGCCGUACUCGCUGGUUCCAUCCGAUAGCACCGGCGGGACCACUUCCGCGUGCUCGCCGAGCGGUGGAUCCUUCAGCGGUCAUGGCCUGAGCAACUACCGAGGCGUUGGAGGACCGGCAAUGUCGUACUUUCCCAACGGCCCUAACUCCGCGCCGGCUGCUCCCGGCAGGGCUGCAGCUGCUGCCGCCGAUGCUGCCGAGCGACCGCCAAGCAGUCCCGCCGCCGGAUUGGCUGCUCUCCUGGAGAUAGUGGCACCGGUGCCGCCGGAGAGCUUACCCUUGGGCCGGCGUAUCGAUGAUACGCACAGCGCAGGUCACCUUGGUGCAUCACUGUUGACGCGUGAUAACACGCCGCCGACGCCGCUGCCUGUUCGUGCAACCGAGGAGGCAAUACGCAGCGACCACGGUAACAAUGACGGCGACGAUGGCGGCGACAGCGCCACGACGAGCAACAAGUACCUGAGCCCUCUCGGAGACCAGGAGGGCGGCGGCGCGGCAGGCGGCAGCGGCGGCGGCGGCGGCGCUUGUAGUGAGCUUGCAUCACCGGUGGAUGUGGUGUCCGAGGACGUGCCCGUGUCGGGAGCUUUGGGUGGGACUGCGGCCGCCGUCGGCACGGUCGCGCACAAUAAGGUUGUCCCCUUGCAAGCCCCUGCCCAGACGCAACUACCACUGCCGCACCCGCUGCCGGCGGCGCUGUUGCCGCGACGGCGCAUUGACGGCCGACAGCAGCUGCCAUCAGUGGCUUCUGUUGCUGUGGCAUCUUCCGUCGACUGCGAUCCCCCGUUGGCUUGGACCUCCAGCUCCUCCCCGGGCUCCCCCGCAUCCGCUGCUCCCGCCGCCUCUUCCACAUUCCCUCAAGGCGACUCCGUCGGCACAGCAAACACCAGCAGCCAGCGGCGCUUUGCCAGCACAGGCUUUGGCCGCCUGGGGCAAACCUGGAAUCAGGGCCAGCGCCACCUCACGCCAUUCCCUAGCCAACCGGUUGCCAAACACAACCCUGGCAAUGCUGCCGUUGCCUCUGCCGCCGCAGCCGCAGCCGCAGCCGCAGCCAUGCAGCUGCGGUCGACAGGGUCCGAGGGGGGAGAGGUGGAGCCCGGCCGGGCCCUGUACUCUGCCGCAGUCGCUGGUGGCAGCGGCGGCGGCGGCAGCGGGGUCCGGGCGGGUCAUCCGCUGUCGUUAGGCCGCCGCCGCCGGGGGGGGUCGUUAGACAUCACUGUAGCGGAGCACCUUGAUGUCAUAACGCGGAUGAAGGCGGCCCUCAGCUUCCUGCGCCGCGGCGACUAG